ACUCCUACCGGAUGAGAUUCUCACAUUAUCCUCUUCCUCAGUCAUUCGAGUGGAGGAGAAGAAGCAACAAAGAAAGAAAUGUCAGUCUCGGCCACGGGUAUUUCAAGAAUGGUGGUGCCCCACCGUUCUCCUCCGCCACCCAUCGGCGUCUCCGCCGUCAAAUUACCGGAUCUGAGGAGUCCCGGCGGAGUCGGAGGACUGGCGAUAGAGUGCUCGUCUCGGCCGAAGAAGAAGGGAACCGCCCACCACAACAAGACUCGCCCGAAAAAGUCCCAGCCUUGGGACAUCCGCCGCCGCGGGCCGACCUUCUACCCUCCCCUCCCGCCGCUGCCGCCAGACUGGACAGUUGUCACCGAACAGAACUCCGUCGCAGCGGCGUCAGAACCGCCUGUCGCCGAGUAAAUUCCCUUUGUUUAUCAUCUUAUUAAUCUCGAAUUUUGACUAUGUUUGUGAUCUGAAACUAUUUGUGUUUCUUGUGAAAAUGGGAAAUUACAGUAAUUUGAUGCAAAUUGCUUACUCAGUUGAUGUUUCUUUGCUGGUACAAAUUUGUUUAUGAAUAGUAACUGUUAGAGCAAUUUGUCAUUACAUUUCAUAGACCUUUCAAGAGAAAAAAACAAGGGAAAAAGAAAGAUAGAUACUUGGGACAAAAUUUAUCUUUUUACCAUCAGCAAAAAAAAGCUGUAUAUAGAUUAGAAAGAUACCAAACGAAAUAAAGGUUUAAAAAAAGAAAACAGCAUAAGAUAAAUAAAUACUAGUCCUUAAAUAUUAUGCCUGGCUUCAUCCUGUCUGCCUUUUGACCACCACCACCAUUGCCAAUAGAAGAUAAAGAUGGAGCUACAUUGGAUUGUCCUCCAACCAGCCGAGAAAAUCCGAAAAAGACCCUGGAUUUACAGAGGGAAAGAGGGCAUCUUGGUCACUGAGAGUCCGGACACUCCGGCCGCCGUCGCCGGUUGACUCUUUCUCCCGGCCGCAAGAACCCAUCGCUAGCAGCGGCGGGGGCGGCUAGCAGAACCCCAAGAUUUGAAAACAGGAAUUGAGAUUUAAAGAAGGAAUAAAAAGGAGAGAUCUUUUUUCUUUUCUGGGGUUCUCAGCAAGAAUCCGACAUUCCAACUACUUGUAUAUAUCGCCGGGACUGAAGAGGAGGGAGAAAAGCCAAAAAGAAAAUGUGGGUACAGUG